GAGUGUAGCGGCUCCGAUGUUAAAGAGUGUGCUGGUCUCGUGAAUCAGACUUCUUAUGUAGGCUAUCUCUGUUUUCUGUCGCUCCGGCCUACUUCUCCUUUUUCAAACUCACUUCUCAAUGUCUUGGAGACAUAAUUGCCAGGUUUUUGAGCGCAACAAGCAGGGAUUUCAACAUGCUUGGAUGAAAAGUUUUUGACAGCUCCUCUUUCGUGGUCCCGCUCUAAGGAGUAAAACAUUGUUCUUCCUCUGUGUUUCGGACUUGAUCUCACUCUAGGCUACUGCUUUGCAUCCCGCAUCCUGUCAAUCAAUCGUGGACAGCAUAGUAUGGUCGGUGCCAUAAUACAACCCGAACGCAUUUUCCCCCAAACCGGGCAACAUGACAAACUGGAGUUGGAAUAACUUUGCAUUUCUGAUUGUUUUUUAUGGCUUGUCCAUGUCCACUGCAACGGGCAAUACAGACAACACACUUCUGAAUUUACAUGAUGGCAACCAGAGUGUGCUGCACAGUGCCGUCCCUGAGCCCCAACACUAUGACACCACGGUACCUUUCCUGCUGGAAGGGCAGGAGCGCAAACCAGUCAGCCAGCUCAAGUCCAGGAGUCAUCCUGCCUCACUGAGGCUGGUGUUGGAUGCAGAAGGUGAACAACUGGUCCUGGCACUACAAAAAAAUGAGGGCCUGUUUGCAAGCCAUUACACUGAGACACAUUACCUGGAGGAUGGGAGUGCCGUCACUGGUGCUCAUAACUUUACGAAGAACUGCUACUACCAUGGAGAAGUGGAGGGCCACGCUAACUCUGACGUUACUCUCAGCACCUGCUCUGGCUUCCGGGGUUUCAUCUCACUUGAAAAUAAGACCUUCAUCCUUGAACCAUCGUUGGACCAGGACAAUUAUACACACAUCAUUUACAGAGGGGAAAACCUCAACCUGUCCCCUGGAACCUGUGGUCAUGACUUCAACAUGUCCUCUGUUACCCCUGACAACCAAUUCAGUACCAGGCACAAGAGGCAUGCUCAGAAGACUACCAAAUACGUAGAGCUGAUCAUCGUUGCAGACAACAGAGAGUUUCAGAAACAGGGGAAGGACGUUGAGAGGGUGAAGCAGAGACUGGCAGAGAUAGCCAAUUAUGUGGACAAGUUCUACAGGGUCCUGAACAUCCGUGUGGCCUUGGUGGGCCUGGAGGUAUGGAGCGACUCUGAUAAGUGUCCUGUCACUCAGGACCCCUUCAACACCCUGCAUGAGUUCCUAGACUGGAGGAAAGUCAAACUGCUGCCUACGAAAUCACAUGACAACGCUCAGCUCAUCAGUGGGGUGUACUUCCAGGGUACCACCAUUGGCAUGGCUCCCAUCAUGAGCAUGUGCACAGUGGAGCAGUCUGGAGGCAUCGUCAUGGAUCAUUCGGAUAAUCCCCUGGGCGCAGCUGUGACUUUAGCACACGAGCUGGGGCACAACUUUGGCAUGAACCACGACACCCCAGAGCGGGGGUGUGGCUGCAGGAUGACUGUGGACCGUGGGGGCUGCAUCAUGACCCCCUCCACAGGGUACCCGUUUCCUACGGUGUUCAGCACCUGCAGUAAGAAGGACCUUGCAGCCAGUUUGGAGAAGGGAGUGGGGAUGUGUCUGUACAACAUGCCUGAGGUCAAGGUGCUCUAUGGGGGACAGAAAUGUGGCAACGGAUACGUGGAGGAGGGAGAGGAGUGUGACUGUGGAGAGCUGGAGGAAUGCAUGAACCCCUGCUGCAAUGCCACCACCUGCACCCUGAAGGGAGAUGCCGUGUGUGCCCACGGACAGUGCUGCGAGGACUGCAGGCUGAAGCCUGCUGGCACACCGUGUCGAGAGUCCAGUAACUCCUGUGAUCUGCCAGAGUUCUGUACUGGUGCCAACCCCCACUGCCCUGCCAACGUGUACCUGCACGACGGGCACUCCUGCCACAAAGUGGACGGAUACUGCUACAACGGCAUCUGCCAGACCCACGAGCAGCAGUGCAUCACACUAUGGGGACCAGGAGCCAAACCUGCCCCAGGGAUCUGCUUCGAGAGGGUCAACUCAGCAGGAGAUCCUUACGGGAACUGUGGGAAGGACUCCAAAGGAUUGUUUGCCAAAUGUGAAGCCCGAGACGCAAAGUGUGGUAAAAUUCAGUGUCAAGGAGGGGCCAAUCGGCCUGUGAUUGGCACCAAUGCCGUCUCCAUAGAAACCAACAUCCCUCUUCAGGAAGGAGGGAGGAUCCUGUGUCGGGGGACACAUGUCUACCUGGGUGAUGACAUGCCUGACCCUGGACUGGUUCUGGCUGGCACCACGUGUGGAGAGGGAAUGAUGUGUCUGAAUCGUCAGUGCCAGAAUGUCAGUGUGUUUGGUGUGCACCAAUGUUCAGGGAAGUGCAGCGGACGAGGGGUGUGUAACAACAAGAAGAACUGCCAUUGUGAGGAGCACUGGGCCCCUCCCUUCUGUGAGAGGGUGGGAUUUGGAGGCAGCCUCGACAGUGGACCAAUGAGACUGGCUGAUGUGCGUGUGUGUGUAUUAAUGUGCGUGUUGUCGUAUGUGACGUCAGCUGACAGCAGGGUGGUUGCUGUGGCAAUCCUGGCCACCCUCCUCAGCCUGAUGGGUGCUGGGUUCCUGGUAUUCCUCAAGAGGAAAACUCUGGUCCGUCUGCUCUUCACCAACAAGAAGACCACCAUGGAUAAACUAAGGUCUGUUGGGUCCACCAGAGCAACCAGCCCCAGCCAGACUCAGUCCAUGUACAGUUCACGACACAAGCCCCCAGCCAAGCCUCCAGGUGCCAGCGUAUACAAGCCAUCCCACCGGAGUUCGGAGCCUCUCCUCCCUCCACACAGUUUAAAUUCCCACAGCUUGCGGCGGCUGCCCCACUACCAGCCCAUCCACAUCAGCCACCCCAUGCCUGUCUUCCUGAGUGUGGGACAGCAACCCCUGCCCCCGGUCCCACCCCACCACAGGGCCCUGCCGGCCCACACUGCCCUCUCCCCACCGCGGGCACCACCCUUCCACAGCCUGCCCCGACAGCAGCCCUACAGGAUGGACCAGGACCGUGAGAAGCCCAGUCCGCCCCAGAAGCCCCUGCCUGCAGACCCUCUAGGCAGGCGUGCUCGGGUGGAAAGCAGCAACUCAGGUGGUGGGGGUCCGCCUCCCUGGACCCAUCCCCACCGUGCCCAGACCCCUGCUCACCAUCCCACAACCAAACAGACCUGCACCCAUACAACCCCUGAGACUGCCAAAGACUCAUCAUUUUGACCGCUGAUCUCAAAGAAGUUGAGAUGGAAUAGUGGGGAACUCUAUGGACGGAGACCCAUAUUUGCACUACAAAACUCUACCAGACCUUUGCAACUUUGAAAGGGUCUCAGAGUUUUAGGAAAAGGGGACUGACUUCAAACAUUGGUGCUGUGCCUCUGAAAGGUGCUUUUGUUGUCCUCGCUCAGGUACAAAUGAACUAUUCAAUGUCUAUAUUUAUUAUUACUAUGUGCACAGUGCACUCUGGUAGAUCCUUUUGACAGUAGCAUAUCACGACUUGGAUCGCUGUUCGUGUUUUUGUUGUUGUUGUUGUUUUUUACCAGUUUGCUGUAUA